CUUGUCUUGAGAAAUGCCGCGUCAUUCAGGUUAGAGGAACACCUGUAUAAAGAUUCACAAAAUAUCUGAAGAUGAAGUAAUGAAGGGGAUUGAGUGUCGGCCCCGGGAACAAUCUGUGUUCUAAUGUCACGCUCCCGUGCUCAAGAGCGGUUGUGUUAUCUAUCUUCACUCACUAUCACCCCAUACCCCACGGAGGACGGCUCGCGACCGACUCCCGCCAGCUGACGAACAGAACAAGCACUCACCAGGAAGUGAGCCGGACCGGACGCGAUGAAAGAACUGACCACUCUACCUGUACUCAUAUGUUUGUUUAUAUCACCUGUAUUACCUGCUGAAUCACAACAACCAGUCAGAGUCGUCCGCAUAUCCGUCCAGUCUACACUCAAGGAGAAACAACGUUCCUGUCACCUUGCAGAUGACCUUUACCUUCAAAUUCAAGGUGGCAACAUAUCGGUAAAUCUACAUCUGCGACAUGAGCCGCAUCAAGACACCAUUAUUCCAAUUCCUCUACUGGAGAGAAAAGCAAAUGGACAACUCGUCUCCACGUUUUGGCAACUGAUAACAACAAAAUGGAAAUCUUACGAAGAUGUCCAUCGAACCAGUUCCUUUGACGUCAGAUGCUCCAUGAUAGGAUCCAGACCAUUGUAUCGUAUAUCAGGGUUUCUAAUGGAUCGCGGCGAGCUUUAUAGUCUGAACCCGGCGUCAAGUGGUGCAUCCUACCGACACCUUCAUCAUCUAGUUCCGUUCGUUGGAGGCUCCAACACUAAAAAAAUAGAAUACAAUCAACAUCAUAGCCAUUCAUUACGGCACAGACGGCAAACAACCCCCGAGUACAAGAUUGACGUUUUAGUCAUAGUAGAUUAUCAGCUUUUUCAGCAUUGGCGCACGGUUGUAAAUCGAACAGCAACAAUAGAUCAGACGAAAGCAGCUAUAAAGACUUAUAUAGGGCUAGUUUUUAGAGGGGUGAACGUCCGCUUUGCCACAAUCUCAGCCUACAACAUAAAUGUCAGUAUUGUAGAUAUAAUCAUUUCUGAGACUGCAACAUCACCAACAGCCGAACUCACAAGUCAGUUUGCAAUGAGAAAUAAUGUAAAUGCCAACAGUACAUUGUACGCUUUGCGAAACUACGUGGCCUCGAAUCCACUUCCAGAGAAUGAUCACGUGAUGUUAUUUACCGGGUAUGACAUUCUGGGAACCGACAAUGGCGUCUUAUUCAAAUACACCAAAGGUCAGGCAUUUGUUGGGACGUUGUGUGAAGGUGGUCGCAGCGUCUCCGUCGUCGAGGACCAUGCAGGAUUCCAAAGUGUCCACUCGGCUACCCACGAGUUGGCACACAGUAUGAACGCCACCCAUGACGGGGACGACGAUCCCAGCUGUAGUUCCCGUGACCGCUACCUGAUGGCCGGGCAACCAGUCGAGCCUACAGAACUGACCAAAGCGAACCCAUGGCGCUUCUCAAGCUGCUCCAUGCAACAAAUGGCAAACUUCUUUGAAAACAAAUUGAAACAAGGCAGACAGUCGUGCUUGUUGAAUCAUACCCCAAGCGUCCCGACUGUAAACAGUCCGGCUCCAGGUCAACUGUUCAGUCCCGAUCAACAAUGUAAACACAUCGGUGGUCAAAUGUCUUACUACUGUAAGGGACCAUCAUUCAGCACCGUCAGCGACAUCUGUACCUCCAUGUUCUGCUACAAGAGUACUGGGAAUGAGAACCAGAUACGAUGUAAUGAACACCACGGUGCUGAUGGAACUUCCUGCGGCAACAAAAAGUGGUGCGAACAAGGGCGAUGUGUUGAAUCUGAAGAUGCGCCAGUUAAAGUUGAUGAUUGCGUGUUUGGUGACGAAACCGGCGUUACCGUGAACGGCAAACCGUGCAGAGCGGCGGUGGCGGAGACACCAUACGCCUGUUAUAGAAGUGACAUUCAGCAGCGUUGUUGUGGAUCCUGUGGGACAAUUCAGUCAACUUCACCAGGUUGCAAGUACGGAGACAAACUCCCCGGCUGCGUCACACGAGACUGUCACUCCAUCACCCCCAACGGUAACAUCUAUGACAACGACUGCUGUGGGACGUGCAACUUCAGCGUCAAUGCAUGGCAAUGUAGAGACGUCUCUACUGACGGCCUCGACUGCUCCAGCAUACAACCAUACGAGUGUUACAGACCUAGCAUUGCGUUCUCCUGCUGUUCAACGUGUGCAAGCCAUCGCAAUGUCGACAAAACUGGUUGCGAAUACGGUGACAAGCAACAACGAUGCGAUAUUUUAAGUAACUACGGUAAGGAAUGCAGCACCGACAGACAAGUACGAGAAAACUGUUGCCAAACUUGUUCACCGGAUGUCAAUUCUGCGCAUGUCAUGACGUCAUCAUUUGCGGCCAUAUUUUUACUUCUUAUAACCCGUUUAGUUCAUGCAUGCCAGUACGAUUAACAUAUUUGGCCGAUAAAUUUCAACAGUCAUACCUUGUUUUCACCCCUGGACCUGAUCCUCAAAACGAUCUCGGCGUUAAUCUGUUCGAAACUUCCAUACAUGCUUGUAAACAAUCAGCUGUUCUAUGAUCGCUUUGUGGAUCCCAGCUCAGUCCACACUUAAGGUCAGUACCGAAAGGUCAGGUUAAGAUCAUGACGUCUUUAUUAUCUGAUUCAUGGAUCAGAAAAAUGUGCCAAAUAUAUUAUAUUAAUGUACCUACAACUUUAAAAUCAAAGCUCAUGUUUGUUUGUUAUUCGUUGUUUAACGCCAUACUCCAGCUAUGGUCUAUCUCAACAUGUUGGUCUGUAAAUAAUCGAUCCCAGACCAGACAAUUCAGGGAUUAACAUCCUAGGUUUUCAUCCAUGGGUAUUCAUCACCCAGUCUGACCAUCCAAUUCAUUUUGUCGCCUCUUGCGGCAGCCAGCAUUUGUUGUUGGUGACCUAUAAUUUACCCA